AUGGUGACCUCCCAUCUGAUUGAUGUUCGUACGCCCGAAGAGUUUGCCACCGGCUUCCUCGGUGGCGCCGUCAACAUCGAGUACCAGAGCAUUCAUCAGCUGGCCCAACGUCCCGGAGUGAGCAAGAGCGACGACAUCACCCUCUACUGCCGCUCUGGGCGACGCUCUGCCAUUGCGAUGGACACUUUGAAGUCAAUGGGCUUUGAGCGGGUGCGGGAUAUCGGCAGUCUGGAGGAAGCGCGCGAGACGAUUAGUCGAGAGAGCGCUCCGCAGUCCACGACAAACGCGGCGGGACCGACCAUCACCUCAGAGAAGGCCUCCAAGGAAACACUUGAGAGCUCCACUAAAGCGCUGCUGGACGGCCUCAAAGCGCUAGAGUAG